CAAGAAUCCGCCGCUCGGAGAUAGAUCAGUAGCGGCCUGAGUCGGGCAGGGAGAAGCAGACGCUGCUGCGCGGGACGGACAGGCUCCGGCACCUCCUCGGAGCUCUGGGCACAUGGGACCCCGGCGAGGCGGCCGUUCCUCGGCUCCGCCGCCGCCGCCAGCGCCUCCUCCCCUGGCUCGCUGAUCGCCCAGCCCGAGCCGGCCCCCGGGCCCGGGAGGUGCGAGAGGAGCCAAGGACAGAGAAGGCGAGAGGGAGGGCUCCCAGGCUCCGGGCGCAGGGGGCAGGCUCCGGGGAACCUUCCUUCCAGGGCGAACCUAGAGGAGAAAGUUUCUCCGAAUGCUGCCUGCCCCGAUUUCAUCCCCAGAGAACCAGUCAUCCGCCCCCGGCCAGAAGAGGCUGGGCAGGAUUUAGAACUCCCCUGGGGACUUGGCAUCUACCGUAUCUGCUGCCUUAGUGGACAGAUGCAUCGCUUCAGGCCGGAUUGGGGCCUACAAACUCAGCGCUUUUGACGUGGGUGUCCUCCACCUGAUGACAAGAUCAAAGAUGCGGUCCAGCUAACUACCCGAGGUUAGGGGCUGGACAGCUUGUUGGGAGGGGAAGGAGCUCCCAGAGCCCCUCCCUCCCUUUCCCCAAUCAAUCCCCAUGGAAAGAGGACAUUCUUGGCCUCAGGAUACUCGGGACCUUCUACACAGCCUGAGAAUGAGGAGCAAAUAUGCUCUUUUCCUGCUGUUUGUGGUUAUUGUUUUUGUCUUCAUUGAGAAAGAAAAUAAAAUCAUAUCAAGGGUCUCCGACAAGCUGAAGCAAAUCCCACAAUCCCUAAUGGACGCCAACAGCACCGACCCAGCCCUGAUCCUUUCAGACAAUGCUUCCCUCCUAUCCCUGAGUGAACUGGACUCUUCCUUCUCCCAGCUCCAGGAGCGGCUCCGUAACAUCACCCUGCAGCUGGGCGAGGAGCCCGAGGAGCUGCCCCUGGGCCCAAGACGGCACGUGCUUCUGAUGGCCACCACCAGGACAGGCUCCUCCUUCGUGGGCGAGUUCUUUAACCAGCAGGGAAACAUCUUCUACCUCUUCGAGCCUCUGUGGCACAUCGAACGGACAGUGACCUUCGAACCUGGGGGAGCCAAUGCCGCUGGCUCCGCCCUGGUCUACCGGGACGUGCUGAAGCAGCUGUUCCUCUGCGACCUCUACAUCCUGGAGCACUUCAUCACGCCUCUUCCCGAGGACCACUUGACUCAAUUCAUGUUCCGGAGAGGGUCCAGCCGCUCGCUCUGCGAAGAGCCUGUCUGCACGCCCUUUGUCAAGAAGGUCUUUGAGAAGUACCAUUGUAAGAACCGCCGCUGCGGCCCCCUCAACUUAACCCUGGCCGCGGACGCCUGCCAGCGCAAAGAGCACAUGGCCCUCAAAGCGGUGCGCAUCCGGCAGCUGGAGUUCCUUCGCCCGCUCGUAGAAGACCCCCGCCUGGACAUGCGGAUCAUCCAGCUAGUACGGGACCCCCGGGCGGUGCAGGCGUCCCGCAUGGUGGCCUUCUCUGGCAAGUACGAGACCUGGAAGAAGUGGGUGGCGGAAGGGGAGGCCCGUCUGCGGGAGGACGAGGUCCAGAGGCUUCGGGGUAACUGCGAGAGCAUCCGCCUCUCCGCCGAGCUGGGCCUGAGCCAGCCCUCCUGGCUCCGGGGCCGCUACAUGCUGGUCCGCUAUGAGGACGUGGCCCGCCUGCCUCUGCAGAAGGCCCGGGAGAUGUACCGCUUUGCGGGCAUCACCCUCACCCCGCAGGUGGAAGAUUGGAUCCGUAAGAACACCCAAGCCCCACGGGACAGCAGCGGCAUCUACUCUACCCAGAAGAACUCCUCAGAGCAGUUUGACAAGUGGCGCUUCAGCAUCCCCUUCAAGCUGGCGCAGGUGGUACAGGGGGCCUGCGGCCCCGCCAUGGAGCUCUUUGGCUACAAGCUGGCCCCUGAUCCAGCCACCCUCACCAAUCGCUCCAUCAGCCUGCUGGAGGACCGGGGCACCUUCUGGGUGACGUAAUGGCUGAAGGGGGACUGGAUCCUUAGCCACGACCCCCACCCUCAGCCCAAUGACCUCCUACUGAUGUCAACUGCCAAAUUGCAAUGCGACAGAUAAGUCAGAGCAACGACACCGAGCCUGAAGAGGGUGGGGAUGUGGUGGCCAGGGUCAUCCAGUAAGAAGUUAAAUGAGCCAGGCAUGUCCUUCUUGCUAGAGAAGUAGGCCUUAUCCCCACUCCACCCCACCCCCAUUUAUCUCUUCCCUCCUUAUCCUCUUGCCACCAAGCUUUCCUAGGACAGAAAGAGACCAGGGCAGGUUCCUGACCCGCUUCUGGGACUUUCAAACCUCCAUCUGACAAAGAUGAAUUCUCCCCCGGGGGCUUGAGGCUAGACUGGGCCUGUGGAUGACUUCAUUUCACCCUCUGACAGCACACUCUGCCUCAGUGCCCUCCUCCCAUCUCCAUCCAAGCCUGCCUGGUCCCUGCAGGGUACUUCUGUACUAAACACCCAAAGAGAGUCCUCUCAUUAUUUUUAUUAUAAUUGUUGCUGAAGAUGGACCUGGAGGUGAGAGAGAUUCAUGGCCUGGGUCAUCAGCCUGCCUGGGAUGAUAAGACUGACCAGAGGGCCUCAUUUAAAAUGGCAAACUUCCAGCCCGGAGUGAGGCCCCUGCCUGUUUCUGGUUCUCACUACUACCUCCUUUUAUCUCUAAGCUUCCUCACUUUUGUGGCAGAUGGGCUGCAUUAAACUGGCCUUUGACCAACCCUUAUACAACUUAUUUAUGAUACCCCAUCCCGCCCCCAAGGGCCCUAUCCAAAGUCAUUUGGCUCCAACAGAGCCACUCUCUCCUUGUGGGCUGCCCAGGUCUCCCUCUGGAAGGCAUGAUCAAAGCUUGGCCUGGGGGACAGAUAAAGGGCCCCUUUGGUUGGCUGGCUGGUUGGGGGAGGGGAUUUAGAGCUGAAGUUGGAACAGUGCCUAGGGAAGAUUCAGGGGGGAAGGGGGAACAGGAGAGCCCAGAAUCCCUAUUCCUCUCCAGAAGACACUGGUUCCUUUCCCACCCCUUCUUCAGACCACAAAUUAGCCACCAAGGUGACAAACCAGUGUCUCAAAGCCCUCCUCUCCCACCUCCUUGAGGUUUUUGGGGAGAAAAACUGUUUAACUUGAUAGGGGACCAUUAUUUGGGGCUUUAAAGUUAUUUAUGGCUUGGUUUCCUCCUUUGUUUUUCUUUCAGCAGUAAGUGUUGCUUGGAGGUUGUUAGUAGAGAAGGCAGUUGGGGCCUUGAGGGAGACUGAAGGAACCAAAGGCUGGGGUUUCCCCUUAGCCCAGGAGCAGGAACCGUUGCUACAGGGGGGUCCCUAGAAACAAAAUGAGGCAGCUGGAGUCAAUUUGAAUCUGCUCAGCCCUACCUCCCCUCCCACCACCAGCCCUGCUUUUCAGGAGACUUGUCUUUAUCACUCCUUUUGUUUUCCAGGGUCAUGGGGUGCUUCCCCUUCACCUAAGAGAGCCACCCUGGCCUCAGAAUGCUGUCACCAUGUGCAUAUUUUGCUUCUAAAGACAACGUCCAGUGACAAGAUCCCCCUCUCCCCUAGGCCAUGACCUAGAAAUUAACACUUAAAAUGCAGUUGUCCCACACAGUUAAUUAAUUCUACCAGCAUUUAUUAAAGUGCCUUCAAGUUACCAAAGCUCUGUAGCAGGGACUGGGCAUCCAAAGACAAAGACCAAGAAAACAGUGCCUGCCCUCCAGGAGCUUACAUUCUCCUGGGCAAUUCAGCAUAUACAAGUGAGAGUUACACAUCCGGUCAUCCCAGUCAGGCCAGCAUAUUUGGUGAGAGAAGGGUGACCUUCUAUUUAGGGACUGGUCAUAGCUCAGGGGAACAGGGAAAAAAUUCCUAAAGGCAGCCAAGAUACAGAGUGUCCAGAACCGUGAUGGAUUCAUCCUUGGUUUGGGGGCUAUUUCCCUUGGAGGGAGCUGUAGUCAUGCAUGGAUGGUUCCGUUCUUGAUUUCAUAUUCCAUGUAUGGGCAGUGUAAGAAUGUGUCUCUAACACCCUCCCCCAACAGAGAAAUCUUCAGCUUGAACAAACCGGACUGAGACUCAGAGAACCCAAUAGCGCUGUCUGGGAGCCUCUCCCCACAUCCAGAUGAGGUGUUGCUGAAGACAUUUCUGGCAGGUCCAGAAAUGGGUUUUUCCUAACAAGGAGACUACUUUCCCCCUCCUCCCUGUCCCCAUGCCUCCUUUACCUCCUGGUUCCCCAGAAUGGGAAGCUACCAGCUCCAGCUAGUACCUUGAUAACAAACAUCGAGUAGUGAUGGGGAAACCGUUACCUCCACUCCCAGUGUUGCUCUCUGAGGGCCUGGUCUUGCACAUGCCACAGGCUCACUGCUCCCCACACCGCCAUGUCCCCUCCUCCCAUCAGAGAUUUUUGGAGAACUCUAUUGAAAAUGAACUUGGGAGGGGAGGGUUUCCUGUCUUUGGAAUAUUGUUCACUGCAAAUUGAAUUAAUUUAUUUAUUUUGUGAAAAGAUGAAAAAUAAAAGAUAGUUUAUUUGCA